AUGACUGCAUCUAUCGUAGAACCCGAACCGACCAACAUUGUUGAUCAGCUGCAUUGUUAUUUUUCGAGGUAUGUACACAGUUAUUUUAUGCGAAACGCUUAUUACUUUAAAAAAACGUUCGAGAGGAAACCGGGUGAUAAAUUAAACGUUCAACAAUUAAUCGAGUACGGCGUUGCUGUCAAAUCACACGGUAAAGUAGUCAUGGCCAUGCUCGAUGAACUGAGGCACGCCAAUAAUAACAAUAAUGACCAUUACCCGAAAGAUUUGUUGACAGCGAAUUUUUAUUUGAAUAACAUCUACGAUACCGUGCACAUAGGAAUCGUAGAAAACGAGCCGGGCGCUGAUGGUUUGAAUAAAAACGUGCAUUAUAAAAUCGGAUAUAAAUUAUACAAUGACUAUAUUGCGAACCACUUAUCGGAGUUCAUGAAAGGCAAGUGCCACGAAGGUGUACACGAAACACCCCAGACCGACCACCGUCUGAAAGCGUUAAACAAGCUGACGCCUAAGAAGCGCGACAUUAGACGUAUGAAAAAACGAGAAUUUCUCCACACCCUACAACAAACCUUACCGCGGUUGUAUAUGAUUUUCGGUUCAACCCUAGCCCGACAUACGUACUUGGAUUUUCAUCCGAAAUAUUUGUUAUUUCACCAAUUGUUAUCGACAGGGGACGACCAGGAGACUGUAAAUGGCAAUCUCACAGUUGGCAAUAAUAAAAUCCACCUGUUGCGAGACGUGGUCACCAACUGGAGGUUCAAAAACGGAAUCCAGGCGAAAAUAUCCGAUCUAUACGUGCACAUGAAAACCGUAUUCGAACCCGGUUUGGUGCGAGUCUUCCAGAAACAAGUACUGGCGGCCGCGUUGCAUCCUGUGUUUAUGCGUACCGCCACGUAUAUACACCUGGUGCACAAGGUAUUCUAUCCCGGCAACAACAAAGUCGACGACGUGGAUACGAGAAUUAGCACCUACGAAUGUGCAAUAAACUCUUUGGGCGAAACCUUACUCGGCAGUAUAGACGAAUUAGUCGGUUUAAAAUUGUUUCCGAACAGCGUGCAAAAAUACUUGUAUGAUUUUCUGAAAGAAAUUUCGACCAUGGUAAAAUUUCCAAAAAAAAAAUUCUUGCAAUUAAUAACGAAACAAUGGAUUUCGUGGCUUUUGAACUCGUGUUCUAGACCGAUGGAGCAUAUCGAGUUAGAGUUUUAUAACCCAACCGAAUUGUUCGAAAUAGACACGAAUAGUAAAGUAAAGGAACUCUUCGAAAACACUAAACAGGACAUACAAGAUUUAAGCCAGUACGUCAAAACAUUAGAAAAUUAUAAGGAAGCGUUCCAUGUUGUUGUUCGAACCAUCGACAACGAAGAUAUGUUUGAAUUAAAGCCAAUCGACCUACUAAUCAACGACUGGGUUAUGACAAUAACGCCGUUCGUGGAGAAACAAAAUCUAUGA